AUGGCUCAACAAAACAAUAAAAAUGAUGAAAUUAUUUAUAUGGAUGAAAUUGGUGAUGAAAUACCAGAAUCAUUAGCUUCUAAAUCAUUGGAAAUGACUGUUGGAGUACGUUCUGAUGCUAUGAUUGAAACUGACAAUACGAAUAAUCCACGACCAAUUACAAGUUCAGAAAUCAACAAUCAUAAAUUAGCUACUAAUUCUUCUAUAUUUAAUUAUCGAAGUACAAAUAAUGGUCUUUUAUCAAGUGAACCAGGAAUAUCAGAAAAUCCAAGAACUCCAUUUUUUCCGCGAUCACCUCUUCAACCGAUACCUGACGUGAAUAUCUAUCAACACAAAAAGACGCUUGCUCAAGGAAUGAUGGAUUUGGCUCUUUUGUCUGCCAAUGCGAAUCAAUUGCGUUAUGUUUUACAAACCGAUGGGGGUCAUCAAUAUUAUUAUCCUUCAUUGGUACUAAUAGGUUCCAGCUUAUUAUUGCAAAUUGCAGUAGGAAUAGGAUUGAUAUGGAAUAGCAAGUAUAAUAUUAAAGACGAUGCUCAAAUGUGUAAAGCUGAUCGGACUAAUAAUUGGACAGUGAUUGGUAUAUUCUUAGUGACAAUUUUCAAUGUUUUCAUCUCGUCAUUUGGCGUUGUUAAUCAAGUGUCGACAGUACCUAUACAAACUUAAAUUUGUUACUGAAAUAAUGUUAUGAAUUAAUGAGCAAUUAUGACAUUUUAUAUUUUAAAUAUAAUAUAUACUUGAAUAAUCAUAAAAGAAGAUAUGGAUUUUUAUUUUACUAUGAAAAUUAAACUUGCACACAAUAGGGGAUU